GACGCAAGAAAGAAAACAUAUGUAUUCAGUUUACUAUUUUGUGUAAAAUUGAUCAUAUAAUUUGUUUUCCAGCAAAUCAAAUACCUAUUUACAACAUAUCAUGCAUUAAAGCCGUUUAAAUGCUGGCAAUGCUAUUUUUACGUCAGCAAAAAUUUCCUUUUUAUCAGUCAGCUGCUGAAUUGUAAACGUCAACAAAAGAGCGAGGGGUGUGAUGUGAUGAUGAUGUGGUUAUUCUUGUUUAUUUGCUGUAAUUACGAGGCGUUGUUGCUGUAAAUUGGCUGUUGAACUUCUCUAACGUUUUGGAUUUCCUUCACCAACUAUUCUUUUUGCCCAAGAAACUAGGAAUCAGGACAGGGAGUCAGAGUGCGUCAUACGAUACCUUAUUCUUAAAAAAUGGCAUCAAAUGCACCUCUACUAGAUGAUGAUGAUACCCUUGCUUUUGGAGAGGAGAAUGAAGACAAAGGAAAGCUCAAACAUCCGUUCGUCACACUUUUCCACCUGCUGUUCCGCUUUGGCGCGAUCCUGACGUACAUGCUGUGUGCAGUCUUCGGGAUGGGCUUCAUCACCAGCUUCAUCAUGAUCGUGAUGCUGCUGUCGGCAGACUUUUGGACAGUGAAGAAUAUCACAGGUCGCCUGAUGGUGGGCCUUCGAUGGUGGAACUACGUGGAUGACGAGGGCAUCAGUCACUGGAUCUAUGAGAGCAGGAAGGGCCCGUCACAGAACCGGAUCCACGCCGGCGAGUCACGUAUCUUCUGGUCAGCCCUGUACGCCUCGCCAGUCAUCUGGGUGGUGCUGUUCCUGAUCGCUUUCUUCAAAAUGAGAUACGCCUGGAUGGUGUUACCGAUUAUUGGAAUAGCCCUGAACGGUGCCAACGUGUACGGCUACGUGCGGUGUCGGUACGGGGCUGCCCAGGGUCUACAGGCCUCGUUCGGAUCGGUCACGUCCAACUUCAUGCGCGAACAGGUCAUGAAAAAUAUAUCUUCGAUGAUAUUCAGACAGCCGACCGCAAACGCCAGUUCACAGCCGCAGCAAACGGUUUGAGCGCUGUGAUUGGUCAGAUACUGCUAUCGUUGACAGUGUCGUCUUGAGGGUGAACACGCUGCUAACGUCGUAUAGUGAGCGGCUUGUUUCAUUGAUGAAUAUGUGCGUCGCUGAAAGACUUUGUAAAGACUUGAAUGAGACGACGCGUAUAUGAUAUACCGGCCUUACGCUGAAAGCAAACUCCGAUUAGUGACAACAUGUGUAGAUCAAGAGUGUAUCUUCAGCCUGGAGCUAGGCUAAUGGCUGGGUCAUAGACAAAGUCUGUUGGGCCUGUAUUGAGCCAAGACUAGGGACCCGAUGCGUAAACUGCGAGCUCAUGUACGAGCUCCACUAGUGACCAUGACCUGUACACCGGUCGUGAACGUACAUAGACGAUGACAACCUAAAACCUGUGCCACCAGUUUAUACCCGACCCUGUGAUCUAGCAAUCAGCCUAACGAGAGUGAAGGGUAGAACAUGAUGUAGGGUUUGCUACCUGACCUUCCUAGAGAACCUGAGGUUUAAUCGCCAGGUUGGCAUCUUAGCGAUGAGCUUGCCGUCCCGUAUUUAUUUGUCAGCUUACGAUUCACUUCCAUUAUUCUAUUCAGACCCAAGUCCAAAGAUGAACGGACUCUGAAUUAGAAGAAGAAACCUUACGGGAAUGCAGGUUGUAAUAAGAAAACCUGGUUAACGAUGUUCCAUUCCAACAAUCCGCCGAUAUUCAUUGGUGUGAUGACUUGAGCACUACUAACAUCUGAGUGCCUUGGCGUGUCUAUGACAGACGAAUGGCAGACGAAUUGGUUAGUACCUACGUUGUUCUAUUCUGUGGUUGGUUGUUAUGCGUUCGGCAAUUGCAUUGAAUGAUUUGCAAAGCGCAAUUGAAUAUGCUGAUUGGACCUAAGUGGAUGUGUUUGCAUUUACGGAACGGAUCACAACGGGCGUGCGACCUUGAGGCUUUGUGCAUCACCCGGUUGACUUACCCACACGGUGAUAUUUGUGUGCCCGCUAUUAUCCGGCACUUGGCCCGUUUGUGCGCUGUGCGGCGUGCACAGCGUCGAUUCUGUGCACGAAAUAACGUGUUUGUUGCACCGGUCGUGAUUCUGUUAUCGUUUGUUUGGCCACGUACUUCGCCUUGGUAAGGUGGCGGGCAUUCGGUGACUUUGUAUUGCUGGCCUGUGUGUUCUUGAUUCGAUGGAGUGUGGGGCUGAGGGCUAAAAGAGCCACUCCGUGGCUCUUUGCAUUGAAGUAAUGUCAUUCUGUGCUUCGGGCUGAAGUUUGAUCAGGGCUGUACGGCACCCAAUGAUUGGAGUUGGACUAACUCGCGAUUUCGGGAACUUUGAGAGGCUUUGAUGACGUGUGCGUUGUGUUGUAUGCGUUACUGGUUGUUGUUUAUUUUAUUGUUUCUUACGUGAUGGGAACAUAAAGUGGGAUCGACGUG